AUGACAGCUCUAGUUGAGACAUUCCCUGAAGAAGCCGCCACAGUAGAGUCGCCGGGGAAGUUUGAAGACGCCACCUCUGAAAAUGCAUCCAACAGCGAACUCCCCACUGGCUCACCUUUCUCUGAUUUUGUGGAUAAUGCGAAGAAGAGAGUGAUGGAUGUGGUCUAUAAUAUAACCGACUUUUUCAAGGACUUGUUCGACUCAGCCAAGGCCCAGGAUGGAACAGGCCCUUCAGCUGAGAAGGGCCUUUCUGCAACAGAGAUGGCUGUCGGCGGAUCCUUCAUGGCUCUGGCCAUAGGGGUCAUCCUAGUUGUUCUGUUCAAGAGGGGAUGA